GAGUCUGCGCAGUGCGUGUGGCUUCCGCAUAGGCUCCACGUCAGUGCGCGAGCGCUCUCCAGCCAAUCCCGUUGAGCCACAGUGUGUUUUGGAAACACACACCCAAGAGGUGCAUCUGACGAGCUGUCAACCGCCCGUAAAGUUCCCGAGCUGCCUCGGACCGCCGCCUUACUCUGAUCUUUGUGCCAGUUCCGGUGUUUCAGCCUCCCGCAGCAGAAGUGCCGGACAUCCGGGUCUGUGUAUACUUACCGACAUCGGGGUUAACUUUAGCGUACGGCUUUGUGAAUUUGAUAAGUGAAAGUCAGGGUCGAGAAACGGACAAAGAAAAUGGAUUCCCAGGUCUCGGAGACGGAGACGAUCUCAGUAGUGAUCAAAACGCCGAAUCAAGUGCAUGGUGAUCAGAUAAUCAAAGAUGUCAACCUCAACUGGACGGUGAAAGACCUGAAAACUCACUUGGCUUCUGUUUAUCCAUCCGAACCGGCUGUAAAGGACCAAAGACUCAUCUACUCAGGCAAACUGCUCACAGACAACCUGUACAUCAGAGAUGUUUUCAGAAAGACAGACGCAGUACCCACUCUUCACCUUGUGUGUGCGGCUAAGCCUCAGCCUGAUUUUCAGCAGGGAGCCAGACCUAAGGUCAAACCAGCAGAGCAGCCACCCUCACCAGCCACUGUCUCUCCAGUACCAUCUGUGGCUUCUGUGUCCUCUUCUGCUGUUCUCAGACAGCGCGGUCACCCCUCCCCUGCUGUGCCCACUGCUGCAUGGCCUGCCACCAGCACUGACGCCAGCACUUCCGCACAAGGACCAGCAGCGAUGACCCAUCCAUCUUUCCCAACGUACUCACUUUACAGCCCGCAGCAACUCCUUUGGCUGCAACAUAUGUACGCUCGGCAGUACUACAUGCAGUACCAAGCAGCAAUUGCAGCGGCCGCCUCUGUUCCCGUAACACCUCCCACUUCACUCCCCGUCACUCCGCAACAAGCCGCUGUACCUGCCGGAUUACCCAAUCAGGCUCCCAUUGACAACCUGCCAGCCAACCAGAAUGUUCCAGACCCUGCCUUCAUCAACCCAGAAGGAGCCAAUCAGAACAUGCGCAUGAAUGCUCAGGGCGGACCAGUGAUGGAGGAUGAGGAGGAUGUGGAGAGAGAUUGGUUGGAUUGGGUUUACACCGCUUCUCGCUUUGCUGUGUUCCUGAGCAUCGUUUACUUCUAUUCCAACCUGAGUCGCUUCAUCCUAGUGAUGAGCAGCUUGAUUCUCAUGUACCUGCACACUGCGGGCUGGUUCCCAUUCAGACAAAGAGCUCCGGCUCGGCCUGCAAACAAUCCAGCACCAGAGGUCAUUCAGAAUCAGCAGAAUCAGAACCAGGACAGACAAGAGCCGGUGGUGCCCCCUGCUGUGCUAGAGGAUGAUGAGACAGAUGGGGAAGCUGCCGUUCCACCCCCUUUGACUGCAGUUCCUGUGUCUCCAGUCAGACCCCCUAUUCUCUGGACUGCCUGGGUUUUCUUCAAAGCUUUUUUUUCCUCUCUGAUCCCUGAGACUCCUCAAGCUAUAGCUAAUUGAGUUCAGCAAAAAAGUAGCGCAGAACAUGAAGGAGAACUCUGCUUUCUCUUAGUGACUUUGCUCCAGGACUUUUUUUUUGCAAACACAUGGUCUGUGAUUCCUGGAUAAGAUAAUAUUCUGUUUAAUAAACUUCCAGGUUCGUCCAUUAAGCAGUUUCAAGCUGUUUGGCGAUAUGACCAAAAACUCUUCCUUCAGCCAAAUAGUGUGUAUAUAAUGUAAAUAUGUGCUGAAUCAAAUUUGUAAAUGUUUCUGUACAGUCUCUACACAGCACUUUACAUUUUCUCCCUGCCAGCAUCGGUCUGUCGGCUGACCACAUUGCACAGUGUCAUCAGGACUUCAUUUUCCUGGAAUAUUCCCAGAGAUCCCAGAGAUUGAAACCAUGAGUGGAACAUGGCUUAUCACAUCAAACAUGACUGACAUUGAAGGUUAUUAAUAGAUUCUUUGUGUACAAAUGCCUUUUAUAAGGGCUUGUGUUUGACACUUUGACGUUAUGAUAAAUUUCAGUUUGGUCUGUGUGUUGCGUCUGUAUGAUUGUGAAUGAUGUUCUGAUUAUAAAGAAUACAUAUAAUUAAUAGCAAUCAUAUAGAUAAAAUAUUAUCAGCCCAAGAAAUGUUUGUUUUUGUGGCUUCUGGAACAAGAAAGUUGGACAAAACCUCUAAUUUGAAUCCUGCAUGAAUAUAUAGCUCUUAUUUAAACCUUUGUGCAUCGGCAUGUCGAGUAAACGAGCAGGCACCUGAAAGCAAGAUAGCACCAUUUCGUUAAUGGAAGAAUUAAUACAUUUAAAUAAUAAAAUGUUCUGAUCUGGUAUUUAGCACUUUAUGAAGACAUUCUCUUUAAGAAAAAAAAUCAGCUUCGCUAAUGCCGUUGGAACAUGCUGUACAACUUUGUAUAAGAAAGUGAAAUAAAUUCCUUUAAAUAAA